AGAAAAGGGAGGCUUUUCAAAAUUCUUUACGAGAAAGCUGGUGCCGUUUUCCCAUGCUGUCUGUACUGUCUUUAAUAAUGCAAUUGUGACCUGAGUGGAAUUUAUGAGCGAUGAACUAUUGAAACUUGUUGCACCACUGCAUCAGACUACAUUUUUUUUUUUUUUCCUUCUCAGCAUAUGAUUCCCCCAUCCCAGCUGUUGCAGGACCUCUGGGCCAGUAAUAGAGGGAUGGGAAGCUGAGAGUUUAUUUUCACAUUCUUCUGUUCUGGGGACUUGGCUAGUUAGCUGAAGCUGCUGCUGCUGCUUUUUACUGGAUCUGUUCUGUUCUCGGCAGGUUUAUUUGUUUUCACGUGCACGGGGUGUUUCAGUUAAAUAGACGUUGGACUAGAGCCGAAUGGAUGCUUUGCAAUCCGAAAGGUUUUUGGGGAUAACAGAAGACUACUAAAAACAGAGAAGAACUGGUACUGCAGGAAACCUGGGGCCUGUUUUCCAAGCCUUUUUAUUUUAUUGAGCAAGAUGAUGUGUGAGGUGAUGCCAACCAUCAGUGAGGCAGAGAUUCCCUCUGGGGGAAAUGGAGGCCAUGGUUCAGGUUCCCCGUUACAGUCAGAUGCUGAUUCCCAUUUUGAGCAAUUAAUGGUGUCCAUGUUGGAAGAAAGGGAUCGCCUUCUGGAAACACUAAGAGAAACUCAGGAGACGCUAGCAUUGACCCAGGGCAAGCUGCAUGAAGUUGGUCAUGAGAGAGAUUCCUUGCAGAGACAGCUCAAUACUGCACUUCCACAGGAAUUUGCAGCGCUUACAAAAGAGCUAAAUGUAUGCAGGGAGCAGCUGCUUGAAAGGGAAGAAGAAAUUGCUGAACUGAAAGCAGAAAGAAAUAAUACCAGGCUGUUACUGGAACAUUUGGAGUGUCUUGUCUCCAGGCACGAGCGAUCUCUCAGAAUGACUGUUGUAAAGAGACAAGCUCAGUCCCCAGCAGGAGUUUCUAGUGAAGUAGAAGUUCUCAAAGCACUAAAAUCUUUAUUUGAGCACCAUAAAGCCCUUGAUGAAAAGGUAAGGGAGAGGUUACGAGUAGCACUUGAAAGAUGUAGCUUAUUGGAAGAAGAACUAGGUACUACGCAUAAAGAGUUAAUGAUUCUGAAAGAGCAAAAUAAUCAGAAGAAAACACUUCCAGAUGGGAUGCUGGAUAUAAAUCAUGAACAAGAAAAUACCCCAACUACAAAUGGAAAGCGAUCCUCUGAUGGUUCUUUAUGCCAUGAUGAAAAUCUUACUAAAGUGAUUGAACUCCAAGACAUCAUAGAUAAGCAAAACAAAGAGCAGACGCAAAUGAAAGAACGUCUUACCGCUUUGUCCAGCAGAGUAACAGAGCUGGAAGAAGAUCUCGACACAGCUAGAAAAGACUUAAUAAAAUCUGAAGAAAUGAAUACAAAGUUACAGAGAGAUGUACGAGAGACUAUGGCCCAAAAGGAAGACAUGGAGGAGAGAAUUACAACUCUUGAGAAACGCUACCUCGCUGCACAACGUGAAGCUACAUCUGUGCAUGACCUCAAUGAUAAACUUGAAAAUGAAAUUGCCACUAAAGACUCCAUGCAUCGACAGAGUGAAGAUAAGAAUAGGCAAUUGCAAGAACGACUAGAACUAGCUGAGCAAAAGCUGCAGCAGACUUUGAGAAAAGCUGAAACCUUGCCGGAGGUGGAAGCUGAGCUGGCACAGAGAGUUGCAGCACUUUCAAAGGCUGAGGAGAGACAUGGCAAUAUAGAGGAACGACUGAGACAGAUGGAAGCGCAGCUAGAAGAAAAGAAUCAAGAACUGCAAAGGGCUAGACAGAGAGAGAAGAUGAAUGAAGAGCAUAAUAAACGUUUGUCAGAAACUGUUGAUAAGCUUCUGUCUGAAUCUAACGAAAGGCUCCAGCUUCAUCUCAAGGAAAGGAUGGCUGCCUUGGAAGAUAAGAAUUCACUUCUUCGAGAAAUUGAAAAUGCAAAAAAACAAAUAGAGGAACUUCAGCAUGAAAAGGAUCAACUUGUAUUAAAUAUUGAAACAUUAAGGGCUGAAAAUGACCAAGUGAGACUCAGAGCCACAUCGCUUCAUCAUAGGUACCAGCACUUAAUUGUAAGGAAUCAUUUGGAUGGCCGCUCAGAUUUCAGAUACCCUCUGACAUCUGCAUCUGUGGCUGACAGUCACACAGACUCCUAUGGCACCUCAUCAGUGUUAAGGCGUCCCCAGAAAGGGCGUUUGGCGGCUCUCAGAGAUGAACCUUCAAAGGUUCAGACACUGAACGAGCAGGACUGGGAGCGAGCCCAGCAAGCAAGUGUAUUGGCAAAUGUGGCACAAGCGUUUGAAAGUGAUGUUGAUGUGUCUGAUGUUGAGGAUGAUAGGGAGACUAUAUUCAGUUCAGUUGAUCUGCUAUCGCCAAGCGGUCAGGCUGAUGCUCAGACUUUGGCCAUGAUGCUUCAAGAACAGUUGGAUGCAAUCAACAAGGAGAUUAGGCUUAUACAAGAAGAAAAGGAAAACACAGAGCAGCGUGCAGAGGAGAUUGAAAGCAGAGUGGGUAGUGGAAGUUUGGAUGCCCAUGGCCGAUUCCGGUCCAUGAGCUCCAUUCCUCCUCCCUAUGCAAGUGGUUCACUUGCUGGUUCUUCCCCACCUGGCAGUGGCCGCUCCACCCCAAGGCGGAUUCCACAUAGUCCAGCUCGGGAAGUGGACAGACUAGGUAUCAUGACACUGCCUAGUGAUUUAAGGAAACACCGUAGAAAGUCUCCAGUUUCUAGAGAAGAGGUACGAGAUGAUAAAACUACGAUAAAAUGUGAGACAUCACCACCUUCUUCACCUCGCUCUUUGCGUUUGGACAGAGUCCAGAAAGGAGCUUUGCACACAGAUUUCAAACUUCCGCUGUCUGACUCCGUUUAUGGGCAAACAAGUAAUCCCAGUAGCAGUAAUAGUAGCCAAGAUUCCCUUCAUAAAGCCCCCAAAAAGAAGGGGAUCAAAUCUUCUAUUGGCCGCUUGUUUGGCAAGAAAGAAAAGGGACGACCUGGACAAACAAUUGGCAUGGCAGAAGCAGAUAGCUCCUCUCAGGAUGCAUUAGGUCUCAGCAAGCUUGGAGGUCAGGCAGAAAAAAACAGGAAAAUGCAGAAAAAGCAUGAGUUGCUAGAGGAAGCCAGAAGACAAGGUUUGCCUUUUGCACAGUGGGAUGGGCCUACUGUGGUUGUGUGGUUGGAGCUGUGGGUUGGGAUGCCAGCCUGGUAUGUGGCUGCUUGCCGAGCAAAUGUGAAAAGUGGUGCUAUCAUGUCAGCCUUGUCUGAUACAGAAAUACAGCGUGAAAUUGGAAUCAGUAAUCCUCUGCACAGACUGAAGCUGAGGCUGGCCAUUCAAGAAAUCAUGUCACUAACCAGUCCAUCUGCCCCUCCCACCUCAAGGACGACCACGGGAAAUGUCUGGGUAACACAUGAAGAAAUGGAAAAUCUUACAGCCACACAACAAACGGAAGAUGAGGAGGGAAGCUGGGCUCAGACGUUAGCAUAUGGUGAUAUGAACCAUGAGUGGAUUGGCAAUGAAUGGCUCCCUAGUCUGGGGCUCCCUCAGUAUCGCAGCUAUUUCAUGGAAUGUCUUGUUGACGCUCGAAUGCUGGAUCAUUUAACUAAAAAAGAUCUGCGUGGGCAACUUAAAAUGGUGGACAGCUUUCACAGAAACAGUUUUCAGUGUGGAAUUAUGUGCCUACGAAGACUAAAUUAUGAUCGAAAAGAACUUGAAAGAAAAAGAGAAGAAAGCCAGAAUGAAAUUAAGGAUGUCCUUGUCUGGAGCAAUGAAAGAAUGAUCCAUUGGGUAGUGUCCAUUGGUCUUAAAGAAUACGCAAAUAACCUUAUCGAGAGCGGAGUUCAUGGUGCACUUGUGGCCUUAGAUGAAUCAUUUGAUUACAAUGCAUUAGCUCUCUUAUUACAAAUACCCACUCAAAACACACAGGCUCGUGCUGUUCUGGAGAGGGAAUUUAAUAACCUUCUUGCUAUGGGCACUGACAGAAGACUUGAUGAAGAUGAUGAUAAGAGCUUUAGGAGAGCACCUUCAUGGAGAAAGAAGUUUAGACCAAAGGACAUAAGAGGUUUAGCUGCUGGAUCAGCAGAGACUCUUCCUGCAAAUUUCAGAGUUACAACCUCAAUGUCUUCACCCUCUAUGCAGCCAAAGAAGAUGCAGAUUGAUGGCAAUGUAUCAGGAACACAAAGAUUGGAUUCUGCUACAGUAAGGACCUACUCCUGUUAAAGCCUUCUCCUGUUUACCCACACUAUUUCUACCGGUGAUAUGCAGCAUUUUGAACAUUUGGAACCCUUAACCUGUUAAUACUUGUUAAAUGGACACUUUGAGAUAUUUUAUUACAGAGUUUUUAAUUAGCAAAUAAAUUCAUGAGUACUAUAGAGAAAAUAUUUUAGAAUCUAAAUGUUUCUUAUAUUUAUGUGACUUCUCAUUUAUAUAGUUACUUACUUUUUCUGUUUCUAUUCAGUCUACAAAUCAAAUCAUUGCUGAUUUUUUUAAUUCUAAUUUUAGUCUUUCCAACUGAAUGUACUGUAAUGCUUGUAUGUAUAUGUCCCUAUAAGUAAUAUAGGGUUUUUGUAAAUUAUGCGGUUACUGUAAUUAUCAUUGUUUUUUAAUAAUGAAACUGAAGGUGAAAAGGAUUUUAAUACCUUUGUAAAAGUAUCACGACACCAAGCAGUAUAUAUUUUGUCUUUUGGAAAUGUUAGCUUAGAUCUGAAAACAAGCCCAGCUUUUUUUCAGGUGAGCACAUGUUGUUGUAGAAGGUAUGGUACAUCAUUGUUGUUCUUCUCAGAACUGUACCUUUCCACAAAGGAUUUGUCAAGUAGGGGGAAUUUGUCUUUAUUUAAAAUACAACUUGUUUUAAAAACUGGGAGGAACUAUAACACCACGGAACACGUUUUAGAAGUGAUUGACUCGGUCAUAACACUCUCUGCUGUAUUUGUAUAGCGUAUCUUCAGUGACUGAAAACAAGCCAUAAACCAAGAACUGUUUUUAUUUUUUCUUUUCCUUAACUGAGGAAGAUAGACUUCUUAAUAAUUCCUGGUCGUAAUCCACAGGCCACAGAGAGUUUUUGUCCUUAGACCUUUUGAUUGAAAACACUUGUGGAAAGAUGCUGGUGAAACUAGUUUUAAUGGACCAAUCAUGAAGCACUGCAGUCUCAUGUCAAAUGAGUAGUGACAGAUGAAGGUACAAUGGGCUGACAACUAAAGCAGUGCAACUUCUAAUAAAGGCCUUACUUUUCUUACGUAAGUCAUCUUUUGUGUUUUGUAAACUUGUUCUAAGAGUUGUCUGGACUUUAAUUUUGAUGGUUGUAGCCAUUUUGGACUGUAUGAGUAGAAAAUGUAUGCAACACUUGUAAAUGGCAUAUUUAAAAGCCAGCAAGAAUCUGUUCAGAUGGUGCAUUAUUUAUUAUGCAACAAUAUAUAUAGCAUGUCUUUUUUCUUAUUUUGUUUUCCACUUUUAACUUGCUUGUAAAACUGAAAUUCAUUGUUACUGUUCUGGUUUUUUCUAUUAAUCUUUUGUGUAUUUUCAGAUUAUGUAACAAUAUGUACAGUCUACUUUUGAACUAUUUUUAUCACAGUAUUAUUUAUUGCUUUCUUUCAAUAAAGUACUGAUGCAUUUUCCACUGCCAAUAAAACACUAUUGAAAAGCUAAGAUCUAGCUGUAUGCAGGCAGAUACUUUUGCGGUGAGUGGAUAUUGUCAAUAAAGCGUCUUAAUGAUUGUUUGCUGCCCUGUAGGUCUUGUUUCAAAUGACGACUUUUCUCCGGUAGGAAAAUGCUCCGUUGGAUGUGACAUUUUCUUUGCAAUUGUUCAAGUUCACAUGCAUUAAUCAGUUUUUUUGAAAACCAGUUUUCCGAAGAAAACUGCUUUAUUGCCUACUUCUACUUGUAGUUAGAGCUAUGAUUUACUUUUAAAACUAGUAACAAAAACUGUCACACAACCUCAGUGUAUUCUGGUCCAGCAUGAAGACCGAAGUGCUGUUCUAUGGAGCAGCGACAGUUGCUUUGUUCAUAAAAUGAGAUUAUGACCAUAGUGAUAUUUGGGG